AUGGUAGAGAGGCCAUCUGGGAGUAUUCCCGACGAGCCAGCUGUACUCACGCCGGUCUCCGCGGCGGAAUCCGUACAACCAGUGCCAGGAGGAGCUUCUGUUCCCACAGUUAGCCCAACUGCACAUUUAACAGCCAGGGCUGGAACAUCAGCUCUUGUCCAGCCUAAUACCAUAAGCUUCAUACCAGGUUGUGAUGACACAUCCCCACAAGCACCCGCUCUCUCCGAAUCCGGGACCUGGUUCCUCGAAGACGAUUUUGAUGUCAGCGCACUCGAUUUCUCGAUCACAUCGACAAUCUCAGAAUGGGCACAGCUUUCAAGUUUCCCUUCAGGUUCUAGUCUGCCAUUUACCGAGCCAGCCUUAUUUACGCCCAUGCAAAGCUCUGCGACAGAAUUUGAUCCCCCGCAUGCUGGUGAAGACACAGUAAAGCGCAAGUGGUUUACGCACAUGUUGCCAUCGAUACAGAAACAGCCCAUUCAGGAGUUUCCAGUACCUGGAUCAAAUUGGCAAGAUCAUCAGACGGAUACAAAUGAAUCAUACCGAGUUGGACUGUCUCAGAAACUCCGUCCGCGGAUGGAGGAUGAGGCACUUCCAACUUCCGAGCAGCUCAAUCUGUUCGCUAAGCUCUACUUUCAUCGAUUCCAUCCACUUUUACCUGUGAUUCACGCUCCUUCUUUUCGUCCAACUGCAGAAAAUUCCUUGCUCUUCCUAUCGAUUUGUUCCGUUGGCAGUCUCUUUGUGGGAUCAUCGCGGGCAGUGUCGCAGGGUGCAAGAAUCUUUGAACGACUCAACAAGGCGAUAUUGGCUUCCUGGGAAUCAUUCUUGUCUCAAAGCAAACCAGAUGCAUUAUCAAUGGUCCAGGCGGCCAUACUUGGACAGACUUAUGCUAUGCUAUCGGGAAAGCCGAAGUAUCUCAUCCUGGCGGAUGUGCUGCAUGGAACAGUUGCAGCAUGGGCUCGCGAGGCGAAUAGACUCGGGUCUCAUUGUCCACAAUCUAGGAACCUGUCGAGUGAAACUGAUCUUGAGGGAAAGUGGCAUCUAUGGGUUGACAGCGAACAACGAGCCAGAGUGCAAGUAGCGCUGAAUAUUCACGACGCUGAACUUGCAACACUGCUGCACCAUCAGCCAAUUCGCAGUCAUCGAUUCCGACAGUAUCCUCGUUUGUCGUCUGAUGCUUUGUUUGCCGCGCCAACGGCUUCAAAGUGGGCAGCGCUCUAUCAACAGUCUAUGGAAACAGAACCAGAAAGUCCCGUUUAUGCGCGACUGUCUCGCACCUCAGAUCCAUUUCCAAGCACAGCUCUCAAAUCCCGCUUUACCGCAUACGGUAUCCUUGAAAGCAUCAACGCCCGCCUCGUGGACGCCAAACAAUCCCAGGAAUUUGACCAUAUCAUCUGCCAUGAAAUCUCAAAUCUCCUGAUGGACUGGUGGCAAACAUACUACACCUCGAAUCGGGACCCAUUCUGCCUACCAGUACUCUGGCACUCAAUCUUCAUCUCCCUCUACGCAGACCUCGAUCUCCUAGAGCAAGCAAUCGGCCGAGACGGUCAAGGCCCUAGCUCAGAAGCCUCCAUACCCGUCCACGAGUGGGCCUGCUCCCUCAACGCCAGCCGCUGUCUCAUCCAUGCAUCCCUGAUUGCCCAACACCUCGAUAGCAUGAGUAUCUCCGCCGAGGCAGCCAUACACGUCCCACGCGCACUAUUCUCAGCAGCCUUGGCAUAUCUAUGUGUUGCGCAAUAUGCUCCCAAACAUGUCGUUAGCCUUGAGGCUUUUGCGUCCCCGGAGAUUAAGAUUUUGGGCGAAGACUUUUCUCGAGGGGUUUGUUAUUCGGAAAUUGGGCAUGCUGGUGGGGAGUCGAUGGUUGCGGAUCUGGAUCAGUUGUAUCGGUUGAUUGACUUGUUGCAACGGGGUGGAAGAUGGGGGAUAUCACAUUCUUUUGCGAAUUUGCUUUCUACGGCGUUGGAGGAGGGGAGGGAGGUUAAAUUGUGUCCGUGA